AUGUAUAGUGAACAUUCAGAUUUUAAUUUUGGUCCCACAUUUGAAAUAAACGAGUCUGAGGAUGCUAUAACUUCAUUUGAAGAAAGUAUUCGAAAGCAAUUAUAUGACUUGAAAAUUAAUAGUACAAGAGGUUAUCUUUUUUGGUUCGCUUCCCAUCCACUUUCAGAUGUUAGAAAUGAAAGUUUGCUAGCAGUCUCUGAUAUGACUAAAAUUAUUCUUCCACCAAUGAAAGUUUGGCAAAGAACUAUUGUGCAUCGUUCAGCCAGGCAUUUCGGUCUAAAUUCUUAUAGUAUUGGAAGUGGAUGUAAUCGUCGUGUUGUUGUUUUGCGCUUUCCAUAUGUCGAUUUAUGCACAUAUACAAAUGCAAAAGAAUCGGAGCCUAUUGUUUUGAAUAAAUUUCAAAAACAAUCACUUGCUCAGUUUUUAACUGCAUUUCCAUUGAAUUAUAGUGACAUCGAACUGUAUCUUCGGUCUGGCAUUGCUUGUACGUUUACAUUUGAUCGAAAAGCUCGAUCGGUCAAUGGUCGUUGGAAUGUUAGUAGCAGACCGAUGUUAAUUCCGCCUUGUACAUCUAAACAGCCCUCAAUUGAAAAUUUUCGAAGAAGCUUGCCCACUUAUGCGAUGCGGAAAGAAAUUUUGAAAGCCAUUCGAAAUCACAAAGUUACGAUGAUUGUUGGUGGCACUGGAUGUGGCAAAACAACACAGAUCCCUCAAUUCUUACUCGAAGAUGCUGCUGAGCGACAACAAAAAAUUCGGAUAUUUUGUACUCAACCUCGACGAUUACCAGUUUUAGCAGUAUCUGCACGUGUCGCAAGGGAACGGAAUGAGAAAUUGGGAUCGACUGUUGGUUAUCACAUUCGAUUGGAGCAGAAAGUUUCGGAACAGACUGUAUUAACAUAUUGUACCAGUGGAGUAUUAUUACGAAUGAUGACGAGCGACGUUAAUGCAAGCAAUAUUUCGCACAUUAUUUUGGAUGAAAUUCAUGAACGAGAGCAGAAAACAGACUAUCUUUUGAUUGCCCUUCGAGAAGCUCUAAAAAACCGAAGUGAUUUAAAAGUAAUUUUGAUGUCAGCAACAAUGAAUGAAAGUCGUAGUUUGUUUAAACGUUAUUUCGGUCAAGGAAAUGUUCUCUGCUUAGAGAUACCAUCUACAUUGCACAGAGUAGAAAUGUUCUACUUACCGGAAAUAUUGGCAUUGACAGAUUACAAACAUGCAUCAUCGUUUACUGGUGGCACAUUCUUUGGUAAAACUGCCAGAAGUUUAAAUGAUAGUGCAACUUUUAAUAGUUUUCCUCAAGUUGAUGAAUUCCGUUCUGAAAAUUUUGAUUAUUCGAAAACGCCAAGUCGUCGAAGUGGGAAAAAGAAAGGCAGAGAUGAAGUAACCUCUGGUUAUGAAGUUACACUUUCACCAUCAGUUCCAUUUUUUUCUGGUGCAAUCGAUCAGCAGUAUCCGCUCAGUUCAUUAUCUUCAACAGCAUUUACUCAGUUCAAUAAUCAUCAGUUAUAUUCGCAAAUUUCCGUAAAUUCCCAGCAAGGAAAAAGUUCAUGCAUGAGUUACAAUGGUCAAUCAAAUUUAACAGAUAUGUAUAACAAAAUGAAUAUCGGUAGUAAUGAACAGAAUAGCCCAUAUCAAGAACCAGCAAUUUAUGACGGAUUUCAGGUUUCUAAUUAUUCUUAUCCUCCUCCCAAUUAUGCUUAUGCAACUCAAAUCCUAUCCAAUUCAUAUGGUAUGAUGGCAACUUGUGACAGACCCCAAAUAACGCACGAAACAUAUCAAAUGAUGCCAAGCGAUUGCCAAAUUUAUCAUCCUACUACGGAAUACCUGCAAUUUCCUAAGUAUAAUAUACCUUUAAAUAAGAACGAUGGAUGCGGUAAACAGCGAACUCCAAAUAAAACAAAUUUUUGCAAUCAGAGAACAUCAUCGUUCCCAACAUCGAACGCUGGUCCAGUACAUCGUGAUGCAUUUCUUUGUAACCAGAAAUACUAUGUAUCUAAUUUGCGCGAUCGACCACCUUAUUUUGAUCCAUUAUAUGUGGAAGUUUUGCGACGUACAAAUUUAGACACAGUUUAUUUAGUUGAUUCAUACAUGAUGUCUGGUGGUGAACAGUGGUCAGAAAGUGUUGAUAUGAAUUUAACAGUAGCUAUCAUCUCUUACUGUAUGGAUAGUCCUGUUCUCGGAUCGAUCCUUGUAUUUUUGCCCGGUUAUGAAGAUAUUUUAGCCGUUCGGGAAAAAGUCAUUAAAAUGGUGGACUGCUGUACACGACCUGCCGUUUUUACUCUCCAUUCACAAAUGAGUAGUCAAGAUCAGCAACGAGUAUUUGACCCUGUUGGUCACGGUUAUCGUAAAGUGAUUUUGAGUACAAAUAUUGCUGAAGCAAGUUUGACGAUUGAUGAUGUCAUUUUCGUAAUUGACUGUGGUAGAGCUAAAGAGAAAAUUUAUGACCACUCAACUCGUGUAAGUCAACUUAGAAAAACGUGGAUAGCAAAGUCAAAUGCUGAACAACGAGCUGGUAGAGCUGGCAGAUGUCGGGAUGGUUUUUGUUUUAGAAUGUACACAACAGAAGAUUAUGCAAGAAUGGAUCCAAUUCAAUUACCCGAAAUGAAGAGGAGCGCUAUAUAUGAAGUGUGUUUACAUGCCAAAAUGUUCGCUCCAAAAAGAUAUUCAGUUCGACAAUUUUUACUCAAUGCUCCAGAACCACCUUCUCCUCUAGCAAUCGAUCAAAGUAUCAAAUAUCUUGAGCAAAUUGGGGCACUUUUCAAAAACCGACCAACCUCAUCACAAAUGUCCCAUUCGGAGAAUUCUUGUUCUGAAAAUCCGUGGGCUCAAAAUAUUGAGCCGGAUUUAACUGAUCUUGGAUGUUAUAUUGCUCAACUUCCACUUUGUCCACAAAUGGCUCGGUUUCUGCUGUUCGGUAUUUGCUUGAAAUGCCUCAGUCCUGCAUUGACGCUUGUUGCUACUUUAUCUCAUCGUGAUCCUUUUGUACUACCAAGUGGUGGUCGUGAAGAACGAACUGCUGCAGUUUUAGCACGCGAUAAAUUUGCUGGUUUUGAUUACUCUGAUCAUAUGACAUUUUUAAGGGUAUAUAAUGCGUUCAUUAAAUUACCAGUUCAUAAACAAAUGAAUUUUUGCAUGUCUAGAUAUUUGUCUCUCAAUGCGAUGCGAAUGAUCGUUGCUAUUCGGCAGCAAUUGUUUUUGGAAUUACAAAAACUUCGUCUGUUACCCAACAGUUGUCUUUCUCCAGAUGACCCGGAUUUUAAUCGAUAUAGUGAUUCAUGGCCAAUGAUUCAAGCAUGUAUUGUAUCAGGCAGCUAUCCUGGCAUUGGUUUUACACGUUCUGGUGGUCAGAUGCGAAAGAUACGUACAAGUAACGAAGUUGCGUCUCUUCAUUUUGCGUCUGCCAUCAAAAGACAAACUUCUACAGCUGGAGCAAGCGGUACGAUAGGUGAGAGAUUAGAGAGACCUGAGCCGACCAUACAGUACCUUGCUUUUCAGGAAUUAUCGAAAAUCGGUGAUGCAUUGACUUUGCGAACAGUUACGGCAGUUCCACCUCUAACUGUGUUAUUGUUUGCGGGCCCAAUUCGUUUGAAACGUGAAGUUUUAAAUGACUAUUCAAUAGGUGAUGAACUUGGAUUCUGUGAUGAUGAGACAGAUUCGAAUGUUGAUGAAUGCGUUUUUGCUCUUGAUCCUUGGCUGGACAUGCAGUUGGUGUUAAAGCUGCGUGUAAAGCUAAUGACUUAUUUUCUCUCUGUAAUGAAACAGCCCGAUCGGUCGGAAACUGAAGAAGACAAGGAAUUACUCGCAACAAUUAACGAAAUUCUAGUGAAAGAUCAUCGUCGCUCAAAUUUUCCAGAAUGUCUCGAUUUACCUCGAUUCCACACACGCUCUCCAAAUUGUGUUAUUGAAUUGGCAAAUGAGCGCCCUACACGUUGUCGGCAGUAUUCAGAAGAGCAUAGCGACCAAGAAACCUCUGAUUACCUCACUUCUCGAAAUCAGCAAUCAAAGCAGUGGAAUGAAAUUUCAAGUUUGAAUAAUCAAACGAACUUAUGUGCUGCAUCCAAUAUGCACUCAACUCAAGUUGAAGAAGGCAUUCAUAACGACUUGUCUUAUCAUGCUGUUGCAAAAAAUGAUGUGGCAGGUGCAUAUUCAAAUGAAACGUCAUCUGUCGUUAAUAUUAGCUCACCAUCGCUUCCACCAGAAGAUGAACAAGUUCCUGAAGAUCCUUGCAUGGGCACAUCAGAAGAAAUGGACGAUAAAAAUCGGUCAGUACUGAUGACAGAUGUGAAUGAGACGGAGGAGGAUUUAGUGAACAGAGAUAUGCAAGUGCUUCCAGAAAAAGUAGAUAAGGAGGAAAUAGAACGACGAGAUAAUUUUGCGGCAACGGAUGAUGCAAAUAUUAGUGAUUCAGGGAGGGGACGUAGUAGAUAUCUGAAUCCUUGUCAUUUUCGGUCAGAAGAUCAACGUAUUCGACGCAUUUUUCGACAGUUUGUGAACAGAUCUAGACCACAAGCUGUACGAGUAUCAGAUAAUGCUGUUGAAGUGGAAGAGAAUCGAAGUGAAGAUCAAGGAGGAGUUCGACGAAGGCGAGAGAGUCGCCGCAAAGACUGGCACUGGCGAAAAAACUCACCAGCAUGUAAUGUUGCACCAUCAGACACAUAUCGAAUGCCUCGUGCAUAUUUUAGAGGCGGCGGACGGGGCAAACCCGAUCUUUACCGUGGUCCUGGAUUCCAUGGUCGCAGAGCACCGAAAAAAGAGUCUAGUUAA